AUGCGGCUAACGGGGACUUUGGUUGCGGUAUCGCUCGUGUCAGCGCUAUUUGAUCCUGCGGUCGGCUACGAAAGCUUCGUGGCCAAGGUGCCCAACGGCGACAACGUCUCUGGCGUCGCAGCCGUCGGCCACGUCAACGUGAACGGCGGUGGGCCUCGGAACGCUUUCGGCGAGGACUUCGACGCCAUGGGCCAAGCGUGGACUUUGGAGCUGUGCGAGGCGGACUCGGACGGCGAUGGCCAGACCAACGGCGAGGAGCUCGGCGAUCCGUGCUGUGAAUGGGACCAGGAGAUGGCCAACACUCCGCUGUGGACCGAUAGAGUGUCCAACCCGGGGGACGAGUCCAGUACAUCGGACAAAUCGACUUGGCCCGCAUACGAGUGCUCGAAUGCGAAGGUCUCGGCAGUUUAA